AACUAUUAUACAUAAACGCAAGUUUUUAUAUUUUUUCUUGCCUAAACUAAUGUAUGGUUAUUUACCAACACCAUAGAAUGGCGAGUGAAUAAUUUGUUUAUGUUUUCCGUUUUUCAAGAAACAAACAAUAUCGUCCUGGGUGUUUGGUCAACAUUCAACAGAUUUCGGAUUUUUUUUUACCUCGGUCAUCGGGUUCAAAGAUGGACCCCAAACACAAAAAGUUGCUUCGAUCACUGCGGCUGUAUUUAGCUGAUGAGCUUUUAGUGGGUGACACGAUCGUUCAGUAUUUAUAUCAAGAGGAGAUCUUAACACAAAGCCAGUUGGAGGACAUUCAGAGUGAGUCAUCUAACCGGGAUAAAGCGUUAAAACUGCUGGAUAUUCUGCCCACGCGCGGGGUGACCGCUUUCCAUCACUUUAUCACUUCGCUAGAGAAAGAGUUUCCGUGGAUCAAAGACACAUUAUUGCAGCAGCUGUGUGAGGAAGACAGCGAUCCACCUCCACCCUUUACAGUUCAGUGUGGCGUUCCUGACCACAUCCUUCUGACGGUUCCAACCACGCAGCAUCUGAACCGUUUGGCUGAAUGUCUCGGUCCCGAGUGGAAGUCUGUCCUUCUGGAUCUGGGCCUUUCUUCUGCAGAUCUUUAUCGCUGCUGUGCUGACCACCCCUUUGCGGUUCAAAGCCAAGUGCUGACGGGUCUGGUGAUGUGGACACAGAGGAACGGAAGAAAGGCCACGGUACAGCGGCUGCUCCAGAGCCUGCAGACCGCAGAUGUUCCUCCAUCUGUCCUUCAACAGGUGUUCGUGUGACACCACAUUUUCGGUUGUGUUUUUCUGGAUAUCGUAAACCUUACCGCCGGAAAACAUUUUGACACAAAGGCACCAAAGGAAAAAACACGUGUCUUUGUGCAUCUCUGUAUAUUUUGGUAUCAAACAGUAGGAUUCUUAUCAAUGAUAAUCGUGAAAAAGUGGUUGUUGGACACCUAUUUUUUUUACAUCCCAUGUUUAUAGCCUUGUCUUAAUUGUUGUGUUUUUAAUGUUAAAGGUGCAAUGUAUAACUUUUAAAAUGAUCUCUUGACAGAAAUGCAAUAUAAUAUACACAACUAUCAGUGGUGUAUAAAGACUUUACUUAAUGAACUGUAUUGUUUUUAUUACCCUUUUUAUAUACCCAGCAGGUCUCUAUACAUAAAAGUCACCGCCAUGUUUCUACAGUAGCCCUAAACAGAUAAACCGUUCUACAGAACGUGUUUUGUCCCUGGGUCAAUGACGUGACGUUAAUUAUUUUGUCCACGUAUCGUUCAAUUAAAUGUAAAAGAGCUAAAAUUUCUAAAUAAAUUCACAGAUUACUUGCAUACAUUUUCUUUUAAGGAAAAAGUCUAAAAUUUCUGGUAUUAUUUCAUUUUGAAAGAAUAUUUGGGGGAUAAUUGCAAAAAUGUCAAUGUUGUGUAAACGGUCUGUGUCAAUUGGUGUAACUAGUAUUUUUUUUAUAAAAAUAAAAAUAUAUUCAUAAAAAAUGUGGAAUAAAAUAUAAUCAUGUAGUUUUAUGAUUUUUUUUU